CACACACACACACACACACACACACACACACACACACGCAUGAGGCAGGUGAAGCGGGAGAAGGGGAUAACGAGGAGAAUGUUGCUGUAAGAGGAUUAUCACUAUCUGUCUCGUCAACGGAUGCUGGAUCAGUCGCCGGUUGGAGAAGAGCGCAGCAAGCCCCUGACCACGACCGGCCGAGGGACCGGUCGAACUCGGUCCAGUGCGAGUCAGAGGACGUCUUGAGCCGGUCCCAUCGGUUGCCUUCAUUAACCGAAACAUGGCCAGAUGAUCCGCGGUACUUUUUACCUUUUGGGAGCGCAUGGGGAUCCGUCACCAGGAUUUCCCCGGGUAGCGGUUGCCUGAGGCAGGGCGGGCGGUUGCUGGCGGGCUGUUUCUGAUAUGAAGACCCGACCUGCAGGGAUCGGCAAUGUCAACGCCGACUGGAUGGGUUCCCUCCCGUUUAAGCUCAGUGCCAUGCCCCUCAAACACCUUGCGGUGCCAGGGUCUCAUGAUUCGUUUACCUACUGGGUAGACGUGCAAGCUCCUGUGGGGCCCGACCAGAAGGCGUAUGUGCAGUACCUCGCCACCAUGUUCAGCGUCUUGGCCAAGAAAGUCAUGGUGAAGUGGUCCAUGACCCAGAAUUUGACUUUUAAAGAGCAGCUAGAGGCAGGAAUUCGCUACUUUGAUCUUCGGGUGUCGUCCAAACCAGGUGAGCCUGGUAAUGAGAUCUACUUCAUCCACGGCCUGUUUGGCCACAAGGUGUGCGAUGGCUUGUUGGAAAUCAAUUCCUUCUUAAACCGACACAGGAAAGAGGUGGUGUUUCUUGACUUCAACCACUACUAUGCAAUGGAAGCACAGCAUCACGUGUACCUCAUUAACAUGCUCAGGGAAGUGUUUGGCAGCAAGCUCUGCAACAACUGUGAAGUGGAGAGCGUCACUCUGGACUACCUCUGGCAAAAGAAAUACCAGGUGAUUGUGUUCUACCAUCAUCCAUCAGCUCAGGCCAUUCCUGCCAUGUGGCCGGGAACCAAGAUCCCUGCUCCGUGGGCGAACACCACCCAACCCAACAAGCUCACACAGUUCCUGGAAACUACCCUGAGGGAAAGGGCUAAGCAGGGCUCCUUCCACGUGUCUCAGGCCAUCCUCACGCCCAAGGCUAACACCGUGGCCAAGGGCCUGGUCUGGGGGCUACGCAGCUGCCUCGUGGAAAAAAACCUACCAACCAUCAUGUCUUGGGUUGAGGCUCAGAGGCCGGGGGUGGAGGGAGUCAACAUCAUCACCUCUGACUUUGUGGAGCUCACAGACUUUGCCAACAUUGUCAUCAAACUCAACAACCUGCUGAUGUCUGAACAGGACCGCAAACCGAGAUGACGAAAGUUUGCACGUCAGGACAAAUGCAUGUGGACCCCCGGACUGUGGUGGAAGUUGCAUGAUAGAUUCCUCCAUUAUCAUUGGAUAGUUGUUCCCUAAAGCUGGAGUUCUUAGGAAGUUAUUUUCAACAAUAAUAUGUUACAUUGCUUUGAUAUGUUGUUCUUAUUUUUUUUUUUUAUCAUCAUCUUGCCAAUAUGUGUUUCUUUAGGCAGCAAGGUAUCAAUUCCUUUCUUAAGAACAUUCCGGACCAAGUUACACAAGGAUACUUUGUGAGAGUGGGACUUUUUUGCCACAAACCCUUCAACACAGUUCGGGUUGCAGACUGCUUUCUCACACCCAACAUCAUCCAAUCCAAAAGAUGGAAAUGAAUCGUAACACAGCUUUAACAUAGUGUUUUUGUUACUGUGUUAAGCAAUGUCACAUAUUGUAAAAAAGGAUCCCUCUAUGCAAACACUGUCUUAGUACAUAUGGCUGGGCUGUAAAGUAUAUGUAAACAAUCACCUUUUAAAGACGGGGGGCUGGGGAUGCUGACGCAAAAGCCAAAUAUGUGUGGAACUUGUGCUACAAUACUCAAUGCAAUGCACAAAUGCAUAUACACAGCUUUAAAGGCUCAUAGUAUCUUUCCGCCAAAGUAAAGGUAUGUAGGAGAAAUUCAUAAGAAAAGGACGAGGGUAAAUUCACUGUACUGUAAAGUGUAUAUUUACUGUAAAGUAUACUGUACAGGCUCAAUAAGCUACCUUGUAUACUUACAUUUAGAAAUAGGAGGGGGAAAAAGGGCCAGCGUUUUGUAGUCUAAAUUGCAUUUGCGCGGGACUUAUUGUGCUGUUUGUGUGUGUGUGUGUGUGUCUGUGGGCCCUGUGAUUACACGUGACCUGGCUAGCACUGCAGUGACAGUCGCCCUGCAUUCCUGUGGUCAGGGAAGGAGACGAGGACAGGCGGACUGCAGAAUUGAUUUACAAAGCAGCGGCAGUUAGACGGCAGAGAGGAAAGUAAGACAAAGUUCAAAUUGAAAAAAAUGGAGGAUGCAGAGUGAGGUAUCUCAACAGCCCCUCCCCACCCCCCCUCCCUCCGGUCCUCCCGUCCCCUUCAGCAGCAGCAGCAUCAUCUAAAAGGGAAGUCAAAUAUUUUCUUUUCAUAUCAAGUCCUGCCUGCCUUUUUCUCCACUCCCUGACUCACUUGUGUGAAAUAUCCUGUUCUGUCCACGUCACAUUGUUGACAUAGUGGUCACCAAGUCUCUCUCACACACACACACACAUGCAGAGUCACAAGCACAGGCACUUUAAUUGUGGUGUAAUUACACAUACCAUGGCAGGCAAGUGGGAGAGCGGACAGCAGAGGCUCUAACUGAUGGAGAGCAUUCCUUGGUUGUUUGGAUUGGUCCUCUCUCCUUCUCUCUCCUUCUCUCUGCCCUCUUUAUACCCUGCUGGCUUCCCAGGACUCAGAGGAGAAUUUCACAACUUGGGCAUGAUCUCCCCGUAAAAUGCUGAAGUAAUCACACUACAUUUGUGCUUGUGUGCUUGUCAACCAGUAUAUUGUGAUUUUGCAGCCUUUGCCCAAAAGAGGUGCUAAGAUCGACACACAUCUCUCCAAAAAGUAUUUGGGGAUUGGUUGAUCAUCACAGUCUUAGUACAUCUGCAACUGCAACUUUUCCUUAAACAUCAGUCUUAUAAGGUCAUUUCUCCCCCUCUCUCUCCUUAUUUGAACAAAUCCUACAAGUUAUAGCAAACAAUUGUCACUUGGCUUCAUCACAAGAAAAUACAUGGUCAGUUUUUUUAACCUUUAAUGAGAUUUUGUUUCAUCAUCUCAUGUCUAACGUCCCACUAAAUGUGUUGGCUGCUUGGUGUGUUUUCCGUUAAAUAAAGUUCUUUGAAAGC